UAGGUACCUUAGCAUAGUCACGUUGCUCGAUCAUCACUAGGGAGUGUCUUCAUGGCCAAAUGAUAGGAUGUGAUGGCGUGCCGUGUGUGCAUGUCGGCGCGUAUUUGCACCAACCGCCGUGGUCGGUUGCGUCGUCUCAAAAGUGUCACCGUCUUCUUCAAACCUUCUACCAGUAAACCCUGCAGGUUUCCCAGGCUCUUCCUUUAGUCUUCACACUAUCACAUCCAAUAAGUCGACAAUAUAUCCACUAUACCCCUCUCAUUCAAGGAUGUGUUCCAUUUUCUGUGUUUCCGAAAGGGAUUUGCGGGCUCAUUCGCAAUCACUCGAUAUGUAUACUCAUCAUACUUAAUUGCUUGUUUUCUGGCGGAUACGAAAGAUGAUGCUCUUGUUAAUGUUGCUCCUUUUCACUCUUUGUCUUAUUGCUACUGCUGGCUCAGUAUCCUUUGGAGAUCUGACCUUGAACCUCGACCUGGAUCGUCGUGGUAUUGCUUUAUCCACGGAACCUCCCGUGGAUCAGACACUACUGGCAAUUCAGAUAGGAGGCAUUGUUGGAGCAUACGUGAUCUUCGUUGCCAUACUUUUGACUCUGUUGCUCUUCGUGGGACGACGACUGCGAAGAGCUGUACAAGCUUCGAACUACACUUUACAGGUUGAAAUGAUGAAACCUAGCAAACAAGCCGUUAGCAUGGAUCCCAGUCCUAUCACGCCAAUCUCAGCUCGUCUUCCAAGUCCAACUGGACAAAACGGCUUCAGCAGGUCCUGGGGCAGCUUGGCUAACGGUCAAAGAUCCCACGUUUCCGGCAAUGGCAGCGCUGCUACGAUUGAUGAAUCCGUGGUUGCCAUUGAUCGGCGCAGGGCUCAAGAGGAAAUGGAAAUGCUCUAUGCAGCAGUCAUGGAGCACGACGCACAGCGGGUGGCUGGGAUAGAUACCUCGAAGCAAGAGUGGGAAGUUCAAUCGCCAGACAGUGUGCACACCAAUCCGUUCACAGAUCGUUCCUCGCGGACAUCAGAAAGGCCCUCGAUCUCACAGAUGAAGCCCCCCAUGAGCCCAAAGAGCUCGAGGCUAUCGAAGAUAUCGUCCCUGUCCCUGUUCAAUUCAAACUCGCGUCCGCAGUCGAAAGCGGGCAAACUUCGUUCUCCUCGGCUGCCUCUACGCAAUCUGUCCAUUUCUUCACCUGUGGGCUCUCCUGAUUUAACCGCGCCGAACUCUUAUGGCGAGGACCAAAUGCCGUUGACUCCUCGCCUCUACAACCCGGCUCCUCCGCCAGCACCCCCAAUAACAAUCAGUCAGGCAUCUAGUCAAGUAUCGCUAGGGAAGCCCCCUGGACGAGCUCCUGCCCCAGCUCCCCUGAGCCUAUCUACAGCGAGCCACGGCUCGUCUUCUCUCCCAUUCCGUGACGCAUUUCCCUUGCAGAGUGCUCCUCCAACCAAGACGACGGUCAUAGAACGUCCCCUAAAGCCACUAAACGGUCCUCGGACAGGAUUGCCGACACCCUACAGUCCGUAUAUGCCUUUCACCCCUGUUACUCCCCUCACACCCAGCCGUAUCGUGACCAAGCGACAGCGCAAGAGAGAGACUAAGGAGAACGGCUUGAGGGUCUUGAACGAAGAUGAUAUAGUCAAGGACGACGGGGACAUGUGGGGAUACUGAUCAAUUGCCUUUUUCAAGUCUUUUUUGUUGGUGUUUUUGGCAAUAUUUGUUGCAGUUCGAUAUUCAUAUCGGACUGUCAUGGGGAUUAGAUAGGUAUACCUCGCUGAGAUGGCAUCUGGUGAUUUUGCUUUGGUUAUCUGCGCUUUAUCAAUUGGGAGGUGCUCUGACUAAAUGGAAGAAGUUUUGAUUUG